ACCAUGAGGCACACGGAAAAAGUUCUAUACGUAUUAUCUUCGUUAUUUAACAAUUUUUCUCCUGCAAAGAACAAACUUUGGCCGAAAGCUCUCGAGAUUUUAACAAAACAUACCUUUAAGUUACAUCUUGAGGUGAUCACUGCAAAUAAUUUUUUCUGUUUUGGAGUUGGGGUCAUAACGGAACACUCACUGACUUGCUUUAGGGGUAACAGUGAGGUUUGUUUUCCUUGGGCUUAUCAUUAAUUGCUUGUCGUUGAAUAAUUUCUAAUUUGAAGUUGAGGGGAAUAUUUAGCUAUUAUUGCAUGAGCACACUUCAGAUAUGAGAUGGUAAAUAGCUAACUGGGGGCAUAGCACCAAGUUGGCGAUAACCAGUCUCUUAUUCCCCAGGCAGGAAUGGAAAAAUUUUUUUAACUACAUUUCAUUUAAUCCUGAAUGUUUAAAUUUUAAGUGCAUUUCCAUCUAAGGUGACUCAGAAUACAAGCUAAUAACCAGAGUUGGGUGAAUCAAUCAGAACAAUACUGAUUGUGAGGUGAUUAAUUUUUCAGGUGAUCAUCAGAACAAAAAGCACAAAUUUAUUUUAUUUUCUUACAUUUAACUUCUCUCACAUCAAAGAAUAGGGAAAUGGAGAGUGGUGUGUAGAUCACACAACCAAUCUGUAAAGGGGACAUGACAGUAGCAAAGAGAAAAUGGAACAAGAUUAUUUGUGAUGGCAAUGUUAAUAAUUGUUCGCCCUGAAAUUUCUAACACAAGUUUGUGAUGUUUACGAUUUCCACUUUUAAUUGUGAAAUAUAUGCCUUCAAUUUUCUGAACCCCUGGUUUUUGGAUAAGGUUGUGUUCAGCCUGAGUCCUCUUAGGCAUAAAUAUUGAUGUGCGUUUUGCAAUAUACAAAAUUAUUCUUGAUGUAAAGGAGUAAUAUUUUUUUUUAAUAGAAAUUUGUCAGAAGAAUCAAACCAAAAAAUAAAGGAUUUUUAAGGAUUGACAAGUAGGAGAUUGUUGAUGACUCUUGAAAAAAAAUCCUGAUCAUAUUUUUGUAGAGGUGAAAAUUGUUGCACAAUUCCUUUUAUGGUCAGUUUCAAGAAAAGAUAAACAUGCAUUGUUAUAAUGAUCUGUUUGGUUUUUUGGAUGGGGAACAAUUUCCCACGGUGUGAGGCAUUGCCCCCUUCCUAUACUGAUUGAUGCAUUUUUUUUACCCCUGUAAAAUAUGAUGAAGGGUUUUCCUAAGAAUGAAUGGAGAUGAUAUUUUGGUGGCCUCUAGUUCCACAACAGCUUGAUAAGGAGGUCAUACAAGUGAAAAAAUGAGACUGAGGAAACGUAGAUUACUAGUUCGCAUGGUACUUUUUCUUGUUCUUGUGGGGCUUUAUGUAGAGAUAAAUUUACAAAGUUAUUCUUACUACAAGAACUGGUUCUGGAGACCUGUUGUCAAGUGUGAAAACAGUGAAGAAGAAUUAAAUGCACUAGUUGACCUCACAUAUCAAAUCCACAUGAUUUUAAAUAAAAUGAAAGUAGGCCAUUGGCUAAUGUAUGGUUCGAUAUGGGGAGCCUUGCGGAUUGGCAGACCCCUCCCAUGGGACAAUGAUGUGGAUAUUGGAUUUUAUGGAGAAGACAGAUUUGCACAUAUGACCUUAAAUGAAUUUAUCGCUCCCUUCAAAGCUGCAGGACUUAAAGUGAAAAACAAAUGGAUUCAAAGUGGAACCAUUGUCAUUGAAAAAGAGGGUCUUCCACUAACCGUAGACUUAUUUGCAUUCUACAAUCAAGGAGGAGUUAUGAGAAGAAGAGGAUUAGAGUCUUGGAUUUUUGCUCUGAAUUAUCGCACUCAUCACUCCUUUCCUGCUAAGCUAGUUGAACCAGAACUUCCUCAAGCAAAGUUUGGCUUCUUUAAUAUUUCAAUUCCUAAAGGAGGGAUUGAAAUUAUGAAGCACCUAUACCCCUAUAACUGGUGGAAAGAAGUUCCCCCAGUUGGGUGUUGAGCAUAGAAGUCAACAUAGGAAAGUUUUUAAUUAACUUUAACCCUUUACACCAGUCAUCAGCGAAAAAAAAAUUUCCACACAGUUCUCUGUGAAUUGCCCAUGGUACCAACCAGGAGAAUUUGCAACUUGGAGGGUCAAUUUUUUGUUAUUAUUCUUGUGUCCAUAAUGUUUAAUUUAAGCAGUGAUACUGCAAGGAGAUUAGAAACUAGUCACUCUUUGGGAUUGAAGGGUUAUGAUUUCCUCUAUUGUGUAGAUUUUAAUGAUCUACAGAGGCAUUGUGGCUGAUUGGUUAGGGUGCUGGUCAUGUAAUCUGCUGGCCUGAGGUUCAAGUCCUCCACCCUGCUAUUUGUUAGAUUUGUUCUCGGUUAUUCCAAGUUCAACUUCUUGGCAGCGCUUUGUACUUAACCAACUGGUCUGUCUCCAGUAAGUUGGGAUUUUUUAAACAUUUGUUUAUUUAUAAUGUUUUUCUCAAUUUGUUUGUAUUGGCCCUGAAAAGCACCAUUGGGGAAGUGGUCAAUUGAUGUAAUUAUAAUUAUUUUUUUAAAUGGGAAAGAUUAUUAUAUUCUGUCUAAUGAGAUUGAAUUUUUUUAAAAAAUUACCGUCAUUAUUAUUAUUAAUAAUACAAUCAUGUAAUUUUUCAACACUUGUUUAGAGUGUAAUCUUUGUUUGAUCUCUUUAAAAAUUAUUUAUCACACAAGUCUAAAAGCAGUGCUCCAAGCUGGGACUGUUCUGGUGGCCUGAGAGAAGAAAUUUUGGCCAAUGAAUUUGCAGCAAUGGUCUCCAGUUUGGCUCCCAGUGUUUAAUCACCAUGAAGCUAAUCACUUAGGGCUGGUUAUUUAAACAAAGUUAAGCUGUAGUCU